CAUCACCCGAGCAGUUGAACAUGUGACACCGCGCUGUCAAAACCAGGAAGUUAGGAAUGUAGAGAAAAAUGCGAGGAGUAUUUCUUCUCGUUGAUCUUAUUUUCAUGACUUUUCUUAGUUCUCAGAAACCACACGGCCGUAAAUGUCUGGAAGGGUUGCGUGAAUGCAUUGAAAGGCACACGGCAUGCUAACCAAACUGUCUGUUGAUCAGGGGGAAUCCAGACACAAGUUACACUAAUGCUCAUGAUUAGUCCCAAGAUGGCCUCAGGAAUGCAAGAGAAACAGUACACGCCAUGUCUUCUUAACUUUUUCAUUUACAAUCCUACGUUUGGACCACGAGAAGGAGAGGAAGAGAAGAAGAUUUUGUUUUAUCAUCCAAGUGAAGUCGAGAAGAACGAGAAGAUCCGAAAUGUGGGUCUUUGUGAAGCCAUUGUACAGUUUACCAGGACGUUCUGUCCCACAAAACCAGCUAAGUCUCUGCACACGCAAAAGAACCGGCAGUUUUUCUUUGAGCCUGAGGAGAACUUCUGGAUAGUGAUGGUGGUUCGAAACCCGAUGAUCGAAAAGCCCAACAAAGAUGGUAAACCCCCGACAGUCGAGUACCAGGAAGAGGAAAUCCUCGAUACGGUGUACGGUGCCGUGGUGAGGCAGUGCUACAGCAUGUAUAAGCUUUUUAAUGGCACGUUUGGCCGAGCGAUGGAGGCUGGAGGAGUGGAGCUGCUCAUGCAGAAACUUGAGAAGUUCUUCUACAGGUAUCUGCAGACUCUCCACUUGCAGUCCUGUGACCUGCUGGACGUUUUCGGAGGCAUCAGCUUCUUUCCUCUGGACAAGAUGACCUAUUUGAAGAUCCAGUCUUUUGUUAACAGAGUGGAGGAGAGCCUGAGCCUGAUCAAAUACACCGCCUUCCUCUACAACGACCAGCUUAUCUGGAGUGGGCUGGAACAAGACGACAUGAGGAUCCUGUACAAGUAUCUGACCACCUCGCUGUUCCCCAGACACUCUGAACCCGAGGCACCUUGUGGAACUCCAAAAACUGUGAAGCUUUUCCGGUUGGCUGGCAGGGAUUCUCCUCUGAGGCCGGAGGUCGCAGGAAAUCUGUUGCACUAUGGAAGGUUUUUGACAGGACCUGCCAAUCUAAAAGAUCCAGAGGCUAAAUUCAGGUUUCCGAAGAUAUUUGUCUCCUCUGAAGACGGCUACGAGGAGCUGCACCUCAUAGUGUACAAGGCGAUGAGCGCUGCAGCUUGUUUUAUGAUCGAUGCCUCGGUGGAGCUGACGAGGGAGUUCUGUGAGCAGCUGGAUGGCUUGGUGGGCCCUCAGCUCACUCUGUUGGCUUCAGACAUAUGCGAACAGUUCACCAUCAAUCGCAGGACGUCAGGACCCGAAAAAGAGCCCCAGUUCAAGUUCAUCUACUUCAACCACAUGAACCUGGCGGAGAAGAGCACCAUCCACAUGAGGAAGACGGCCAGCGUCUGUCUGACGUCUGUCCACCCAGACCUCAUGAAGAUCCUGGGAGACAUCAACUGUGAUUUUGCAAGAGUUGAUGAAGAUGAGGAAAUCAUCGUAAAAGCUAUGACAGACUACUGGGUAGUCGGCAAGAAGUCAGACCAGAGAGAGCUGUACGUCAUCCUGAAUCAGAAGAACGCAAAUCUGAUUGAAGUGAACGAGGAAGUGAAGAGGCUUUGCGCUACGCAGUUCAACAACAUCUUCUUCUUGGAUUGAGAAGCGAGUGGAUUCUGUUUGACCGCACUAAAAACUGUCAGCAAUGCAGGGUAUCGAUGACAGCAUCACUGUAAUGCAAUAAUUGCAUUGUAAAUUACACAAUAAAAAGCUUUCUCAACAAGU